AUGGGAUCAGGGGAAAACAAAGUAGUUCUGCAUGGAAUGUGGGCAAGCCCUUAUGUGAAGAGAGUAGAAUUGGCUCUGAAAAUCAAAGGCAUACCCUUUGAGUAUGUGGAAGAAAAUUUGAGGAACAAAAGUCCACAGCUCCUCAAAUACAAUCCAGUGCACAAAAAGGUCCCCGUUCUUGUCCAUAAUGGAAAGCCAGUAUGUGAAUCACUCGUUAUUCUUGAAUAUCUCGAUGAAGUCUGGUCAACUGGACCUCAACUCCUGCCUAAGGAGCCAUAUCAAAGAGCCAAUUUUCGUUUUUGGGCUGCAUACAUCCAACAGUUGCUAGAGAGCAUAUUCAAACUCUUCAACGCUGACAAGGAAGCACAUGAGAAACCCCUUCAAGAAGUGCACGAGAAGUUGAGGAAUUUGGAAGAUGGUGUUAAGGAAUUCUACUUUCCUGAAGGAAGUCCUAAUCAUAUCUCAGCUGAAAACUUGGGGAUCCUAGAUGUUAUGCUGGUUUCAGUCCUAGGUCCCUUCAGGGCAAAAGAAGAGGCCUUUAGUGUGAAGAUUUUAGAUCCUGAGAAGAAUCCACUUAUUUUCUCAUGGAUUCAAGCUCUUAUUGAGCUACCUCUGGUCAAGGAAGUCGUCCCUCCACAUGACAAGAUGGUUGGGGUUCUUCAGUUUCUAAAACAAAGUGGCUUCAAAUUCUAAGCUAAAUUCCCAUCCAAGUUUAGUAUUUUAUGUUUUCAUUCACGGCUACAAGUCUAGUUUGUAGAAGUUCCUGCAGUGUGACUUCACUUUGUUGUUUAUGUUAA